ACCUCUAUGUACAGCAAGCUUUGCAUCUCAGAGUUGGCAACUUUGCAUCAUCAUUCGAAGGAAAGAGAAAAGAUGAUCAAAAUACAGUUCUCAAUGAUGUACAUCAAUGGCAAAAUUUCCUAGGAGACAGGGUAACCCAUUGACGAGCCCCCCAACUGGAUACGUAUUGGCUAUUGCCCAUCCUUUUGAUUUUUUGCUUUCAGAAUUUCAAUGCUCAUUCAAGGAACCUUAAUUGCAUUAUCCUCGUAUAAAUAAAUGUUGCAGGCAACCCUUAUCUAAACCUACCAUUAUCUCUUUCAACUGGAAAAUGAAAAUAAAAAUGGCAAAAAGCUUCUUCUUCUUGAUCUUGGCUUUGCUUCUGCUAACCACAGCACAAAACAGACCACUGUCAACCACAAAUCGGCAACAAGCUGAUGACCCUCAGAUGCCAUUUUCUUCACCGGAAUCGAGUUUCACUGAUGAUGAUGAGUGCAAAGGUUUGAAUGGUGAAGAAUGUCUGAUUAAAAGGUCCUUGAUUGCUCAUACUGAUUAUAUUUACACCCAAAGAAACGUUGGACCAUGAUUUUUUUUUUAUGUUUCCAUAUGUACUGUUAAUUUAAAACUGAGAAGUAAUCAAAUAUGCUUUGAACUAGUGCUUAAUUUUGAUCUUGACAUGAUCUCUUUAUUGAAGUAAAUAGUUAUAUUAGAAGCUGAGAAAGAAAAAGACAGCAAUUUUGUAGGUGAGAUCAUGUUUCUUCGGUAGAUACAACUACUAAAAUGUUUUUUUUUUUUGCCAUUUGGC